AUAGGUCUCAGAUAGGAUAUCUCUAGUAACCUACAAUCUUUUUUUUUUUUUUUGGUUGCAAAAAACUAGAGCAUUUUCUAUCACAAUUAUUUUUAUUUUUUUUUAAAAAAAAAAAGAAAAAUAGAGAAGAUGGAGAAAAUUGUUUGUGGUGCUUUAAUUAUGGCAAUUUUGCUACAAAUCACAAUAGCACAAACAGAACAUAUAGUUGGGGAUAGCUUUGGUUGGUCUAUACCAAUUAAUGGUGCUGCAGCUUAUUCGAUGUGGGCUGAUGCAAAUUCAAUCAAAAUUGGUGAUACUUUAGUAUUCAAAUUUACGCAAGGAAACCAUGAUGUACAAGAAGUAUCAAGAAGUUCAUAUGAAGAAUGCAGUACACAAAAUUCUAUAGGUGAAGCAAUCAAGAAAGGGCCUGCAAAAAUAACAGUUCAAACUCUUGGUGAUCAUUAUUAUAUUUGCACUGUUGGUGAGCACUGUUUAGCUGGUCAAAAAAUGGCCAUUAAAGUUUCAAGUUCCAAUUCCUCAGCCUCAAAUACUCCAGCAGGCAGCAUCCCACCUCCUUCAUCUUCCUCAAAUAUCGUGUUCGCGAGUUUUCUGCUAAGUUUAUUUUCUAUUACAUUCACCAUUUUUUUCUAAGCAGAUUUGUAUAGGUUUAUGCUCAACCUGAUGACAUGGUAUAGAGUGCACAUAAUUUGAUUCAGUUUGGGUUAAAUUCUACCAUUUUGAAGAUUUUUGCCAAAUCUUCUGCACACUACUUGUAAAAUUAUAUAUUAAGUGUGUAAUAAUUUAGCACCAAAGAAAUAUAUACUUAUUGUGCUCACUCUCGAA